AUGAAGAGCUGGUUAUGGUGCUUCAUUUUACUAUUGGCUAAUCAUGGAGCACAAAGUCUCAACCUUUCCUGCAGAACGACAACCAGCUGCGGUGGAAACAGCAGUGACAUCAGGUUCCCAUUCACUAUCAGAGGUAGGUCAUCUGGGUACCAGGGAUUCCCAGGGUUCGAUCUGUCUUGCGCUGGAAGAAACCAAACCUUGCUUCACCUUCCGAAUUCGGUGAACCUCACACUUCUCAGCAUCGACUAUGAAUCUCAGCUGGUUCAUGUUAAGAGCCCAGAUGAAUGCAUUGCCAGACAACUCCGUGACCUCGAUUUCGCUUCCUCGCCACUAAAAUUGGAAGGGAGUUUGCCCACUCACACUUUAUUCGAAUGCCCCAAACUCAGUCACAUCACUUCGUCUCUGUCAUGGGUGACUUGCUUGGGCAGCACGGUGUUUGCCCUCAAUUCUGGGUCUCCUCUGAAUGAUGUGAACUUGGUGUCGUGUACGAAGAUGUACGAUCUCCAAAUACCAUUCCCGUCUAAAGAGGAUCAGAGUCUUAGGUUGAGCUGGGCGAACCCGCGCUGCAGCAGAUGUUACAAGUCAAAGGAGGAAUGUUGUGCACUGAAGCAGGGGCCGAGCCUCAACGCUGAAGUUGAGUGCUCUGGUGAUGCUACACGCAAGAGAGCAUCGCCUUUGAAGAAGGGAUUGAUUGCUGGAGCGGUUCUCGGUUCAGUUUUCAUUGUGGUAUUGCUCUUUGUGCUCUACCGUGCAUACAGGUACGAUAGGAGGGAAAAAGAGUACCGACAUAAGAUCGAGAAGUUCUUGGAUGAUUACAAUGCUCUCAAGCCAACACGAUUCUCUUAUGCUGAUAUCAAGAGGAUCACAAGCAAGUUCGGAGUUGAACUGGGCCGAGGAGCUUAUGGAACAGUGUUCAAAGGCAAGCUGUCAAGUGAAAUCCAAGUUGCUGUCAAAGUCCUGACCAGUAGCUCCAUAGAUAAUGGGGAAGACUUUGUUAAUGAAGUGGGAACAAUGGCAAGAAUCCACCAUGUUAAUGUGGUUAGACUGAUUGGCUUCUGUGCAGAUGGGUUUAGAAGAGCACUAGUCUAUGAGUACUUACCAAAUGAUUCACUGCAGAAAUACAUCUCAGAUGGAAAAAACCAAACCUCCAGUUUGGGUUGGAAGACGCUCCAAGAUAUCUCUCUGGGAAUAGCCAAAGGAAUCGAGUACCUUCACCAGGGAUGCGAGCAAAGAAUCUUGCACUUCGACAUAAAGCCUCACAACGUUCUCCUCGACCAGAACUUCAACCCGAAGAUCUCGGAUUUUGGCCUGGCCAAGCUUUGUGCGAAGGACCAGAGUGCCAUAUCCAUGUCCACAGCCAGAGGGACCAUUGGAUACAUUGCUCCAGAAGUGUUCUCGAGGAACUUCGGGAACGUGUCAUACAAGGCCGACGUGUACAGUUUCGGGAUGUUGUUGCUGGAAAUGGUUGGAGGAAGGAAGAACAUCGAUGUGGCAACAACAGCAGCAGAUGGUGGUGGUGAACAGAUAUACUUCCCAGAGUGGAUUUAUAGCCUUUUCGGCGAGUCUAGAGAAGAUGUUAGGUUUGAUUUGGAGGAAGCAGAGGAGGAAGAUGGUAAGAUUGCCAGGAAGCUGGCAAUAGUGGGGCUAUGGUGCAUUCAGUGGAACCCUGUCGACCGACCUCCGAUGAAACUUGUGGUUCAAAUGCUGGAAGGCCAAGGUGAUGAUUUAAAACCACCUCCUAAUCCUGUUAGCUCUAAUCCUGGUGGUGGUGUGUUCAGAAUGGCUAGCAUGGUAAAGUCAAAGCCUGUGCAGGAGUUGGAAAUCAUACCAGAAAUAGAAUGA